AUGUCUACGUCCGAAGACAACGAAAAGGACAUUGCGCCUGCGGCUGAUGCCUCGGCGAAGAAGGCAGCAAAGAGCCCAUGGCUUUCAGCAUACCACAACUCUGUUGCCGGCAUUAAAGCUGGGUCUAACUGCAUGCAAUUGGUGGACGUCUAUGGCGACGGUGAUGCGAAAUUCGUGGUUGCUGAUGGAGAUCAGAGGCUCAAGAUGUACAAAGGUUCGGCACUCUAUGGGGAGCAAGCGAUCCUUGGAGUACCAUCAGCCUUGAGCUACUUCUACUCAGAUAACAAUCGACCACGGAUUCCAGCAAUUGCAGUUGCAUCAGGCCCAUACAUCUUCAUCUAUCGGAAUUUUCGCCCCCACUACAAGUUCACAGUGCCGUCCAUCGAAAUCGACGCCCAGGAGACAAAACUGUGGGAGGCACUCACGAAGUGCACGAUCGAGGUCCCCGACGCACUCACUCAACUUUCAACCAUGCGUGGUUUGGGCAUUCGCUUGUCCGAGCGUUCGCGAGGUCUGCUGGCAAUCGACAACAUUGAAGAACAAGCGGAAUAUGUGUCGAGGUUUAUGGACGACCCACUUGUUGAGCGCUCUUGCGUGACUUGCAUGACGUCGAUCAACAAGAAUAUGGACGACAAAGAUGCAGUCAGCUGUCUUGUCGUUGCAACUGAGAGCUGCAUGGUGUAUGUCCUGGAUCCUCAGGGCACGUCCCUCAUCCAACAGAUAAAAGUUCCUGGUGUACCCGUGGAAAUCGUUGCUGUCGGACUACUGGAGGUCGAAUGCCGACUAGUUAUCACGACACGCAACGGCUCUGUGUACAUGAUUAAGAAUGGAGAGUUGCUGAAGUCAGUGAUUGAGUUGGAGUCACCUGCGUGUGGCCUCGUUCAGCUAGAGAAAAGCAUCGUCAUUGCGUCCAUGAGUCGGAAGCUGACGUCCUACCAUCUUAAAGGCAAGAAGAACUGGAGUCUUACCAUGAGCGACGACAUUGUAGCUCUCGAAGCCUUCAGUCUACGACGUACGAAGGAUACGCGGGGUGUUCUUGUGGCGUUGCGCAAUGGCGAAGUGACACUGUACAAUGAGAAAGUCAAGGUGUGCACGUUGAACACGGAGACAGUUCUUACAGGAAUGCGUUUUGGUCAAUACGGACGCGAGGAAGCCUCGCUUGUUCUCGUCCAAAAGAGUGGUGCUCUGUCGCUCAAGAUCCUGAAGCGCACAGCCAGCUUGGAAGCGAUCUCAGAGGCGGCUGGACCCCCUCCGGAGCAAGAUAUUCCGCUGAACAUCCCGAAGAAGACGACUUUGUAUGUCGAGCAAACUCAACGCGAACGAGACCACGCCACUGAAAUGCACCGCCACUUUCAGCGUGAUUUGUGCAAGUUGCGUUUAACCACAGCUCGCGCUUACGUCAAGAUCAUUAAAGACGGACAGGGCCCUGUGUCAUACUCGACGGGCGCAGCGAUUCGCUUAAACGCUCAGGUGCAGGGAAUCGGCCCAUUCUUCCGAAUCAAGCUAAAUGUGCAGAAUGCCGGAACGAAAGCUGUGACCGAUAUCACGGUUGCUUUCCACUACGAUCACGAGUUGUAUCGUGUCGAGCAGAGCCUGGUGCUCAUCCCGCUCGUGAUUCCGAACAUUCAAUAUCAGUACGCUGUAGACGUGGAGAGCAUCUCGGAGCUUGGUGCUGCCGACAAUGUGUCCAUUUUCGUUUGCGGCAAGGAGAGCUGCGUCCCGCUGGUUUCCGCCGUCGUGAGCAUGCCACUGAGCGAGCCCGAGAUGUAG